AUGGUCGGGUAUGACGAAGAAGAAAAUCCAUUUAUGGAUAUAGAUGAGUACAUCGAGGAUACAAAUUCCAUUGUCCCUCCACGAGUUGAUACUGCUACCUUCAAGGUGGAACAUGGUUUGAUCCUAAUGCUUAAAGCAGAGGGGUUUUUCAGGAAUUCUACCGAUGAUGAUCCGACACAAUAUCUUAGAAACUUCUUGGGUGUAUGUGCGAUGCACAAACAAAAUAACAUGUCAGAUGAUGCCCUAAGGUUGAGGGUAUUCAAGCACUCACUAGCUGGAGAGGCAAGGAAAUGGAUCCAAAAUCUACCACCUCAUUCUAUUUACUCUUGGCAUGAACUAGUCUGUGCUUUCCUAGCCAAAUGGUUCCCACAAAGCAAGAAAUCCGAGCUUAGAGAUAAAAUUUUCUUCUUCAAGCAAAUACCGGAGGAACACCUAUAUGAGGCAUGGGAUCGAUUCAAGCUAUACCUAGUGAGGUCGCCGAAUCAUGGUUUUCCGGACACGAUCUUGUUAGAGAAGGUUUACAUGGGUUUGGAUCUGUUGAACCAAUCCAUAGCCAAAAAUGCGGCUGAUGGAUCUUUUAUGGACAAAACAUUCACAAGGAUCACACAAAUUCUCGACAAGAUGGCAGAACACAAUCAAGCUUGGCACUCAGAAGAUACUACGGGUGGAAUUGCAUACGGUACUCCCUCUUUGACCAACAUGAUUAAGGAGAACCAAGAGAGAGAUCAAGAAAUUGCCGGACUUGCCACCAACAUUAAUGUGUUAACCAAUAUGUUCACUAAAAACCAAACAAAAAAGGUAAAUGCUAUGGAAGAUGUGCAACCCUUGUCAAAUGAAGAUUGCGAGGAAGCAAACUAUGUACAUAAUUCUGAAGGUGGUUACCACAGACAAUCUUACCAAGGUUCCGGACAACAAAAUCAAUGGAGGCCUAACCCGCAGGGACAAGGCCAUCAACAGUGGCGAAAUGAUCAAGGUGGUUCAAGUCAAGGUAAUUGGAGCAACAACAACAACAACUAUGCAAACCGGAGUUCAAACCCCUAUGUUCCACCAAAGGGGCAAUACUCUAACUCUUCGCAUUGGAGGGAAGGUUCUUCAAGUGAGUCAAAAUUGGAGAACAUGCUUGAAAGAGUAUUGCAAAAUCAAGAAAGAAAUGACACUUCAAUGAAGAACAUGGCCGAACUUGUGGGAUCACACACUGCAUCCAUACAAAAGCUAGAAAUACAAAUGAGAGAUCUGUCAAAAGAGCAAAAUCCAAAGAAAAAAACACUCCCAAGUGACACAAUUGCAAACCCAAAAGAUAAUAGGAGUGGCCCGACUUCUCAUUCUAUGGCAAUCACAACUCGAAGCGGAAAAAUACUUCAAGGAGAGAAUGAACAAAUGGUUGAAGUGGACAAUCUUGAACAAGAGGUUGAGGCACAAAGUGAGAUACCAGUUGUUGUUGAAGUUGAAAAGCUCCCAAAAGAAGUGAAAGUCCAAGAAGCGAACCGUGAAGAGGUAAAGGAAAAAGUAAAAGAGGCACCAAAAGAUCUAGCACCAAUUCCUAGACCCCCCCUCAUUUCCCUCAAAGACUUUCUAGGAGGGUUGAUGAUAGCAAACUCGAGAAAUUCUAUGAAAUUCUCAAGCAAGUAUCAGUGA